AUGGCAGACAAGGAACCGAAGCGGUCUGACGCCCCUUUCGCGACUAGGAUAGACCCGAGCAAGGAGGACCUUUCUAGAGAACAGUUGCACUUUAUCAAACAGGUGGAGCUGGAGCAAUGGAAGAAGAGGACGCAAAAGCUGCGGACGCGAAACGUGCUGACCGGGGUCGCCGUAGGCGCGCUUGUACUGGGCAUCUACGGCUACACAUUUUACUCUGUCGGUAAGGAGCGAAUCAUGGAUGAGAUAGACGAGGAGGCUAAGCGAGCCCGAAUGCCAAAGACGGGCACCAACUGA